AUGACGAGCCCGAGCACGGAGAGCUCCGGGAAGAGCCUGCAGUACCGGGUGGACCACCUGCUGAGCGCCGUGGAGAACGAGCUGCAGGCGGGGAGCGAGAAGGGGGACCCCACCGAGAGGGAGCUGCGAGUCACCCUGGAGGAGAGCGAGCUCUGGCUCCGCUUCAAGGAGCUCACCAACGAGAUGAUCGUCACCAAGAACGGCAGGAGGAUGUUCCCGGUGCUGAAGGCCAGCGUCUCGGGCCUGGACCCCAACGCCAUGUACUCCUUCCUGCUGGACUUCGUGGCGGCCGACGCCCACCGCUGGAAGUACGUCAACGGGGAGUGGGUCCCGGGGGGCAAGCCCGAGCCCCAGGCCCCCAGCUGCGUCUACAUCCACCCGGACUCCCCCAACUUCGGCGCCCACUGGAUGAAGGCCCCCGUCUCCUUCAGCAAGGUCAAGCUCACCAACAAGCUCAACGGCGGAGGACAGAUCAUGCUGAACUCAUUGCACAAAUAUGAGCCUAGGAUUCAUAUAGUGAGAGUUGGUGGCCCUCAGCGGAUGAUCACCAGCCAUUCUUUCCCAGAGACCCAGUUUAUAGCUGUGACAGCUUACCAAAAUGAGGAGAUAACAGCGUUAAAAAUUAAGUACAAUCCCUUUGCAAAAGCUUUUCUUGACGCAAAAGAGAGAAGUGAUCACAAAGACAUGAUGGAUGAAGUGGGAGAUGGUCAGCAGUCAGGGUAUUCACAAUUAGGUGGUUGGCUGAUUCCUGGAACAGGGGCUCUGUGUCCUCCUGCCAAUCCUCACCCACAGUUUGGCGCACCUCUGUCACUUUCCCCUGCUCACAGUUGUGAAAGAUACUCAUCACUGAGGAAUCACCGCCCUGCUCCUUAUCCAAACCCAUACACUCAUAGAACCAGUUCUCCAACUUAUGGGGACAGUUCUUCAGCCUGCCUUUCUAUGCUUCAGUCCCAUGACAACUGGUCCAGCUUGGGGGUUCCACCACCGACAAGUAUGUUGCCUAUGAGUCACAGUACUGGUCCUCCAACCAGCUCUAGCCAGUAUCCCAAUCUAUGGUCUGUGAGCAACAGCACCAUCUCGCCAGUGUCACAAACAAGUGGGGUGCCCAGUGGAAUAGGAUCCCAAUUUCUGCGAGGGUCUGCAACCCAUUACCCUGCCCUGUCUCAUUCAGUCACUACUACUUCUUCAGGAUCUCCAUUGUAUGACAGCGGCACACCGACAGACAUUGCUGACAGCCAGUAUGAUGCUUCAGUGCAUGCUAGACUUGCUUCCACAUGGACUCCUGUCACAACUCCUUCUAUGUAGACCUUACAAACAAAGACUUGCUUGCUGCUCUAAUCUGGCAAUCCAGAAGGAAGAUUGCGGGCAGGUAGAUGGAAAAGUCAUGGGGUUAAUGGCAAAGUAACUGCACUAACUGCUUUAUGGUCCUUUCAGUAUUAUGAUGUAUUGAUAGUGGCACAGACACCUUAUGAAAGGGGUAGGCAACCUAUCUGUCCAUGCAGACUAUACUGGUAAUGUUUACUAUGCCUAUUUCUGUAGCCAUGUCCCAGUCUGCUCUUCCUUUCAAAAACAAACCAGAAUGGAGCUAGGUACAGCAUGGAUUUUGUUUUUGAUAUUUGCCUCAGAGCUGCUUGUUUACAUCCACACCCACACACAAUCUCACAGUACUACAUCUGAUCCACACACCCAUGUUUGAAUCUUACUUAGAUACAUCUAAUGAAGCCAGCUGGAAUCCACAAAAGCUUCUGCCACUUAAAAUUUGUUAGUCUUAAAGGUUCAACAAGAAUUUUUGUUUUUUGUUUUUUCCUUGCAACAGACUAACACAAUUACCUCCCUGGGAGUAUCUUUUUAUAACCUAACAAAGCUAUCUGUGUGAACAGCUUUCCAUGAAAAGUACUGGGCAUGUACCAAAGCUCUUUCUGUAUUGUUUGGUCUAUAUUGGCUGUUUCAUCACUUUCAUGUUCAUCACCUGAUGACUGCAGUAUCAUGUGUGAACUUGCAUGAAGUGUUGUAUUUC